UUUCUAUAUUUCUAAUACACCCUGCUCUGCCAUUUCAUUUUUAAUACCUUUAUAAUAAUAUUUCAAGCAUCACACCUAUUCAUUAUACCUCUAACUAUGGCCACACAAGGAGCUGGUACUUCGGAUUUGGACACAGAAUCCGUGGAAGUUUUACGCGAACGCCUAAGCACCAUGAAGCGCUUAAUGGCCGAACGUACAGCUCAGCAACAGAACAAUCCAGCAUCAACCGAAGAAAUAUUUUCAACCAAACGCCAUCGCUCCGCUGGAAUUAUCGAUGGCAAUUUCCUGAGCAUCGCCUUUGGCGGCGCCCUCCUUGUGAUUGUCACGGUUUCGGUUUAUGCAUUCUACAAUCUAUAUCAUGCCAUACUCAAGAAGUUUCCCUCUCAUCAUGAGGAGUUGUAAGCAAGGCUGCAUAUUCAAUUUUUAUAUAUAGUAGUAUGAAAUUUUGUGCAUUUAAAUAAAUACGUUGCUGCGGUUUUCAAUUAA